ACAUAGUGGCAUAGGCAUAUGUGGAGUCGUGGACAAAUCUCCACCAAUCAGCUGUCCUGAUACCACAAGCAUUUCAACUCUACCAUUUCUUAAUCUUCAAUUUCAUAAUAUUUUCUUAGCACCUUUUUCCAACUUUUUUUUUUCUCUCUCUCUCUCUCUCUCUCAAAUCCUAAAAAUAGUCUUUACAUUGAUAAGCACAAAAUGUAACAGAAAGAAAUGAGUGUAGACGCAUCGGGUUUUUACAAGGAUUUUAGAUCAAACAAGUUUUACUGUUUCUCUGUAUUUUAUUUUCCUGUUAUAAACAUGAAGAAAAAGAACACUUCAAACUACAGAUGCAGUCCUUCAGUAUUUUACCAAGCUUUAAUCGAUUAAAACCCUAAAUCUUUCUUCCUUUUCCUUCUCUAAUUCUUAGAGUUUUUUUUGUACAUUUUAUCAGAAGAAGAGCGGGAUAUUCUUUUCAGGGUUGGAGGUCAUUAAAAUUUCGAAGAUGUUAUUUAUUUUUACUUGCAAAUUUUGGCAACUUAUGAUUGGUCAGAUAUCCGACAUGGCACCUCGGACGCUAUCUGUACACUUACAUGGCAUAUGCCACAUCAUCAUUGUAGAAAGCCCAGCUGGAGGGAGCGCAACUCAAUCUUUCCAUGGAAGCCUCCUUUCGAUGAUAUUAACACACGUCACUGUCUCACUUUCCCGCAAAUAACCGGCACUACCUUACCUACUAGGGUUUCAAAAUCCCCGCCCUUUUUCCCCCUCACUCUCCCCGCGCUCCCUCUCCAAUGGCCGUAGAAGAUGAAAAUCCAGAAACCACUCCUGUCGGAUCAAAGCCAACUCCAAGUCCAGUCUCGCAAACAAGCUCCUCUCAUCCUCCGCGUCGUUCGGAUACAUCGCCAAAUAAGCCAUUGGGCCCAAAAGAAUAUAUACUCUCAGUGGCCUCUAAUAUCUCUUCUCAGUCUCUCACUAACCCCGAUCCUAACGUCUGGGGUGUUCUCACUGCUAUUUCCAACAAUGCUCGCAAAAGAACUCAAGGAUGUAAUAUGCUUUUAACUGGAGAUGAGCAUUGCAUUGGCAGAUUGGUGGAUGACUUGCGCUUUCAGAUUGAAUCAACUGCAGUUAGUGCCAAACACUGCAAAAUAUAUAGGAAAAAUGUUACUGUUGAUGAUAUGGAGCAUCCAUCUAAUUGUCAAAAAUCUAUUUUCUUGAAAGAUACUAGCACAAAUGGAACAUAUCUCAACUGGAAGAAAUUGAGUAAGAGUGGUCCUGAAUCAAAAGUACAGCAUGGAGAUAUUAUAUCAUUUGCUGCACCUCCUCAGCAUGAACUUGCAUUUGCAUUUGUAUAUCGAGAGGUUCUUAGAGUUGCUCCAUUCAUGGAAGGUGCACCUGUGAAGAGAAAGUUAGAGGAGAUUGUUUCAGAAAACAAGAGAAUGAAAGGUAUAGGGAUUGGUGCUCCUGAAGGUCCUAUUUCUCUCGAUGAUUUUCGGAGCCUUCAACGUUCUAACAUGGAACUAAGGAAGCAAUUGGAAAGUCAAGUCGUCACAAUCGAUACAUUGCGCAAUGAGCAUCGAGCAACAAGUGAAUGCCAUGAAAGUGAGAUGAGAGAGAUGAAAGAAUCUAUUGCAAAACUAUACCUAGAUCAACUCAAGGAGUUGCAACAUAUAUUGGAUAUUAAACAGAAAGAACUGGUGGAAGUUAACAGAACAUCAGCUGAACAAAAGCAUGCCUUGGAAGACCUUAAUGAAACACUUACUGCUUCCAGGCAGUCAUGUAUUGAAGCAAAUGAAAUAAUGAAGAGUCAGAAGGCAUCUAUAUCUGAACUCGAGAUACAAUUAGAAGAAGAGCGAGAUCAGAGAAGAGAAGAACGGCAAAAAGCUGCUUCUGAUCUCAAGGCGGCAGUACAGAGGGUUCAGUCUGAGGCUCAAGAGGAACUUAAAAGACAAUCUGAUGCUGCUUCCCAACGGGAGAGAGAGCUGCAAGAGGAAAUAAAUAAGCUUCAGGAAAGGGAGAAAAAAUGGUGUUCACAAGUGGAAUCUUUGAGGCCCAAACUGGAGGAAGCAAGACAAAAGUUGGUCUUCUCUGAUAAUAAAGUUCGCCAGCUAGAAUCUCAAGUUGCUGAAGAGCAACUGGCCUCUGCGAAUGGAAGAAAAAGAGUUGAAGAACUUGAGCUAGAAAUAAAACAACUGAGGAAAGAGCUCGAGAGUGAAAAGCAGGCAGCGCGAGAAGAAGCAUGGGCUAAAGUUUCUGCCCUUGAACUUGAGAUAAAUGCUGCAAUGCGGGAUCUUGAAUAUGAGAGACGGAGGUUAAAAGGUGCUAGGGAAAGAAUAAUGCUUAGGGAGACACAACUACGGGCAUUUUAUUCCACAACCGAGGAAAUAUCAAUACUGUUUGCUAAGCAGCAGGAACAACUGAAGGCAAUGCAAAGGACUUUGGAAGAUGAGGAAAAUUAUGAUAAUACAUCUGUGGAUAUGGACCUAAAUGCAAACCCGACUGAUGAUAUGGAUGGCACCCUAAUGGGAGAAAAACAAAUGAUCGUGUACAAUGGUGCAAAGGGUCGCUCUGCUAAUUCAGCUCAGAGAUUUGAUGGAAAUCAGGCUGUUGCUUCAGGUGAUGAGGCAAGUGUCACCGAAAAGCAUGAGUGUGAUAUCAGAAGUCAAGGAGAAGAACCGAAUACCCAGGAGGAAGAAUUCACAAGUUCAAACCGUCAUGCUAAUGGUGGCUUUGGUUCUGACAUUGAUGGUGUUGGCACAGCACCUGUCCUUGAAGGAGAUGCCAUAGGAACAGAGCAAGUUCUUGAAACAGAAAGCCUUGGAUUCGAUGGUGAUCGGCUGAACAAGUGUGGCUCGAUAGCUGGGGACACCAUGCAACUUGACGAUGAAGCCCAUGUGCAUGAAAGCGAUGUGCAUAUUCUGACUUCUCCAGAUGCCUUGCAUCACUCCCAAUCAAAUAAUCCCCUAGAAUUUCAGAAAGCCAUGGAAGAAGAUACAGAACCAGGAGGUACAAUCAGAACAAACGACCUUUUAGCUUCUGAAGUUGCUGGGAGCUGGGCUUACAGCACUGCUCCUUCUGUCCAUGGUGAGAAUGAGUCUCCUAGAAGUAGAGACAAUGAUGUCAAGGGCAGUGCAGGCCUUCAUGAUUCCAGUGGGCAGGUGGCUGAAAGUCAAAGUACGCCGUCUUCUGAGGCUGCAGCUGCCAGACGAAACCAUGAACGGCGAGCGUUAAGUGAAAUGAUUGGAAUUGUUGCACCUGAUUUAAAGGAGCAGUUUGGAGCUGUGGAUGAUGAUUGUGCUGGUAGGAGGGAGAAACAAGGUUCUACUUCAAACUCUGAUACUGAGAGUUGUACCGACAGCGAGGAUCGUAACAGGAAAUAUCCAAAAGUUGUAUCGAUUUCGGAUACGGAGACCGAGGGUAGUGAUCAACCCAAUGAGGAUGAAAAACACGAUGCUAUGGAUGAAGAUGAUGAAGAUACGGAAGAAGAUUCUAUAAGGUAGCAGGCCUGUUAAUAUUAGACCAAAAGACAGGUAAAUGACGCAGGACACCGCAUUGAUGCCCAAUUUCUCUCCACUGCGGUAUUUGUUUGUGUAUAAAAUGCUUUGUUAUUAUUUUCUUUAGCAACAGCUGUAGAUAAAUUUUGUAGUCAGCAAAGUUGAAGGCAUAUUUUAGGGAAGAUGUUGAUCAAUGUACAUUCUGUAGUGGAAUGUAAUUAGUGUAAACGGAUAGUAGUCUCAGUAAGCAAAUACUCAACUCGAGUGGUGCUGCUACUAGUAGUACUACGUCCUUUUUUA